AUCUUCCAAUACAUGACGCUAACACCAAGUUUCUUAAAAAUAUCUCCUCUAAAAAUCUAGGUUUUCCCAAAUGACAAACCUUCUGAUCCCAUCCUAACAAAUCCCUAUUUUUCUCUCCAAUUUCUGGUUUUUUUUGUUCUCUCUGGUUCCUUAAAUUCGUUCUGUCUCAGAAACACACAUUGUGAUUUUGCAAAUUUGUGGCGUUUGGUUCGAAUUGGUUCUGCUUUUGAAAAAGUGUGAUUUCUCUGUGUGUGAGGGGGGGAUUUUGUUGUGUAACUGGAAAUUUCUAAAAUAAGGUUUUCGGUUGUAAAGAUUUGUGAUAUCUGUGGAUUGAAUUGAUGGCUACAGCGGCUGAAGAAGAGGUGGAGUAUGAGAGUGAUCCAGAGGAGUCGAAGCGCUCCUUGGCUAUGCGUAGGCGAGAGGCAGCGAGUGAUGAUGAAGAAGGAGACGCGAAGGAUGAUAGGCCAAGAAUGGAUCGGAGAGCGGGAGUCAACUCUGAUGAAUCCGAUGGACAGGGUGGUGCGGCAGAAUACGAUUAUGAGGACGAAUUGGGAGUAGAAGACGAAGAGGAAGAAUAUUCGGAGGAAGAGGAAGAAGAAAUUGUUGAGGAACCUGUGGAAGAAGAGGGUGAAGGAGACGUACAGAGGAAUGGGGAGAGAGUUGUCAAAGGUUCAAUGAUGGCCACAGUGUUGAAUGAAACAGUGGUAGAUGGUAAGAGGAAUGUGGAAGACGUGCCAGAGAGUCAUGAGGGAAGUCAUGUUGGUGAGGAAGAAGAGGAGGAGGAGAAGAAGGAGAAUGAACCGUUUGCUGUGCCAACUGCAGGGGCGUUUUACAUGCAUGAUGACAGGUUUAGGGACAAUGCUCGUGGUCGGAAUAGGCGUACACAUUUGGGAAGAAAGCUGUGGGAAUCUAAAGAUGAUAGGAAAUGGGGUCAUGACAAGUUUGAGGAGAUGACUCUGCGGGAAAAGCACUAUGAUGAGGGAAAGAGGUCUUCAAGAGGUCGUCAUCGAGCUUAUAGUAGAAAUCAGGGUGCAGAUCGUGGCUAUUCAAGGGGAAGUAGGUCUAAAUCAUUGAACAAAAAUAACAACCAGAGCCAGGCUUCUAAAGUUGUCCGAGGGAGAGGGCCUAGGAGGUAUGAACUUGCUUGGAAGAUGGGCAGUCAGGCACUUCCAACACAGAGCAAACGAUCUGGGAAGGCUCUUGAGAAGACAUUUCAGCCUAAUCCAACUAGAACUUUCCCACCUUCAACAAAUGUAGAGUCUGCAUCAGUUCCUGCUAGAAAACAUGUCGCAUCAAGCUUGAAUUCUGCUUCCCCUCCCUUUUUUCCAUCGGGUUCUCUCAACAAAGACAUUACUUUGACUCAGAAAAAGGAUAUGCAAGCUGUAACUGUGAGUAGGAAUCAAGAGAAUUUUCCUACAUCACAAACGAAUGCUCUACGAGGGAAGAAUAUAGUUGAUUCUGUUGGCAUAGAGAAGCUUCAUAUAGAUGAUUCCAAUACAUCAACUACUGGGAAGACAUCAACCAAUCUGCAAAUGUUACCCUCUGGAUCAUCAUUUAGUUCCAGUCAAGUCUCUCGGACCAGGACUCAAGGCAGUGGUUUGGCUAUCCCAGGACAGAUGGCUUAUGUGCCAGCUUCAACCCAGAACAAAGUCAACAGGGUUUCUCCAUCUACACAGCUCCAUGCUGUUCAAAGAAGUUCUUCUCGGAGCAGGGGCCAAUCAUCUGUUCAAGCCUCUCCUCAGCAAGUGGGCCAAACAUCCUCUCCAUCUAAAACAGGAAUGUCAGUUAAUUCUAAUGAACCUGGAGAAGAGAAACCUUCUUCAGAAAGCAGUAAUUUUAAAGGUGCAUUGGUUGGGAAGGGAAAAGGCACCAUCCAAGGGGCUGGCAGGGGCUCGUUUUUAUAUGGUGGGGCCCAGGUUAUGGGAGCCACAGGGAGUAUGGCUGUUAGCCAUGGAGAUCAAAGCUUUCCUGCCUUUUUGCCAGUUAUGCAAUUUGGGGGUCAGCAUCCUGGUGGCAUUGGGGUUCCUGCUGUUGGCAUGGCAUUCCCAGGAUAUGUUACCCAACCACAACUUGGUUUGGGUAAUUCUGAGAUGACAUGGCUACCAGUACCAGUAUUGACAGGUGCGGCUGGGUCUUUAGGGCCAACAUAUUGUUCACCUUAUAUUUCUGUAGAUGGGGCUUAUAAUACUCACACAUCAGUGUUGACAUCUUCAAUGAGCUCCUCAAGCAAAGAAAAUAAUCCAAACAAAUCAAAUAACGGAUGGGAUCCUUCACAAAAACCAGAGCUUGCUAGUGAUGAAUUUGGACGGCAAAAUAACCCAAAUAAGCAGCCUCGCAGAUACUCGGAAAUGAGCUUCAGCAAGUAAUUUACUUAGUUAAGAUGGACCCUGUCAAAAUAAGCUGAUGAAGGCCUUUCUUCUUGGCCCUUUGUGAUCCAACCUUUGUCUUGGAGCACUUUGGGCUGCAAUAUGUUCCAGGAUAUUGUAGGUAACUGCCCUUAGUCCCCUCAGUCAAAAUGUAAAAUUGAUUUUUCUUAUAUAUUUUGAAUUUCUCUUUUUCUACCUAUUUUGAGGAAAGUACAAAUUUCUUCUGUUAAUCCCUCUUGCGUUAUAAUGGAGAUAUUUUUUAAGACACGAAUCAGUGUAUCUAAACCAUACCCCACCCCUUAUCUCCCUUAACAUGAUGUGUUCAUUUAGCAUUCAAGAGGUAUGGUUAUGAAACAAUAGCCUACAAUAUGGUCUAAUCUCUUAGAGAUUGAAGCUCUGCACUUUAUGUGAGCCCUAUAUGCAAGACAAGCGGCAUUUUGUGUAUCUAAAGUAGUUCAAUUAAAAUUCACCAUGUUCCUUCUAACCCUUUUUGUUCUGGCAGUUGUUAUAUGGCAAAUGUCUGCUCUUGCUACAGUCGAUUUAUGAAUGUUUAUUGUGGUUUGACAGGGGCCACUCCCUUGUUUAAACAUGCGGUUUUCCUUUGGGGUUGAUCUUUUAAUGAACAAAGAAGUAAUAUGCAGCAGUUGUGCGCUCAGUUGAUCAAGGAUUUUAUUGUGUUUACUAGAGUGCUGUGGUGACUUUAUGGUUGAUCAAUUAAUCUUGUUGGAUCUUGCUUGAUAUUUUUCUUAUUUAGUAGAGUGCUGAGUUGUGUGCUGUGCAUCUGAAAUCAAUGAUUUUUUUCUUGCUUGUAAGAAAAAAAGUAUAUUGCAGAAAUCUCUUCUAGGAGUUACAUGUUUGUUCUUUCAGCUUCUAACUUAUUUUAAAAGCUAAAUCACCUUUUAAAAAAGCCAAAUGAAUUUUCUUUUCUUUUUCUUUUUCUUUUUUUUUGGAGAAAUUCUUUUAAAAGAAAAACUAGCAAAACAAACUGUUCGAUUGAAAAGUUGUAAGAAGAAAUUUGUAGGAGGUAUCUUACAUGUGCAGGGGUAAACAUUGGGGGGUGUGAGUGCCAGACAACCAACAUCUCUUGUUAGGGAUCCACUAGGCUUUUCUGAAGAAUAUCAAAUGCAAAUUUAUUAUUUAACAUUGGGUAAACAUGCAUGGCGUCAAGCUUAACAUUGACAGGUCAAAGUCCAAGAGGAAUCCUACCUCCACCUUUGGAUACGUUGUUCACAACCAUGAUGGAUUAAUUGAUGGGGGUGGUGGGUAUCUAGAAGGAGACUAUGAAGAAGAUAAAAAAUUUAGGUAAAAAUUUAACAUAGCAAAUGAAUACUAAUUUAAAUUUUUUAUCAAGUGAACUAGCAAACAAGAACUAUAUAUAGGAAAGGGAAAAUUUUUAACAGACAUUUGUUUUUUAAAAAUCAAAAAUUUAAAUUAGA